AUGCUUUCGUUCAACACAACAACGUCUGCAUCGAAUUUUCAAUCUGCUUCAUCACGAUAUUCAACAUCAUCUUCAUCAGCAAACAAUGGUUCUAAACUAUUCCCUGAGCACUUUUAUCCAAGUGGACUUAGCCCAAGACAGUCGGAAGCCGUCGAACGACUACGACCAAAUCCAGUGUCACGCGAACGAACUAUUCCGAUUCAAAUCGAAAAGUCAUCGUCGUCUCAGAAUCAGAAGCCAUCAGAAGACGUUGUUCCAACUCUGAAAAUCACUUCUCCAAAACAAUCAAUUGUUCCAAAUUUCGUCUCGGAGCAACGCGGACUUCAACCCCAACCAGCAUCCCAAGCUCCUUCCAAUUAUCGUCAAUUCGUUGCUGCUCCAAAAUCUCCACGUGGAUAUGGAGACUAUCCAGAAAUAACUGGAAGACCGACAGCUCAAGCUCCUGUUCAGAUUCCUAUUCAAACAGUUGCUCCAGCUCGUGCUCCAAGUCCUCAAACAUCUCGUCCAACCCAAGAAACAAUUAUUCCAACGAUUGUUUCAUCGCAUCCAGUCUAUUAUUAUGACAAUCAGGAACAACCAAUUCAAUAUAACAGAGACGAGCAACCAAAUGCCACGAUGGAGACCAAAGUCACCGGACAAGGUCAACCAAAGCGUGUCGGACGCUGGACAUUGGCUCAACUCCGUCAAACUGACGGAAUUAUUCCGAGCCAGGCAGGAUGGAACAAGGGAGAUUCUCAAAAGUUGAUGACCAACUUCGGUACACCAAGAAACACGAACACUCGUGUCAAGUCUGAAAAUCUUCAAGAGGUGCCAGAAGACAUUGCCAACCGUUCCCACGGAGAAGUUCGUCUUCAAUCCGGUACCAACAAAUAUUGUUCCCAAAGAGGAAUGACUGGAUUUGGAUCCGGACGUGAUGUGUGCCGUGAGGGAGUCCGUGUCGCUCAGAAUCCAGCUGAUUUGGCUGAAUUGCCAGAGGAGAAGAUCCGUAUGUCCGAAGGAAUUGUCCGUCUUCAAGCUGGUACCAACAAAUACGACUCCCAAAAGGGAAUGACCGGAUUCGGUACCGGACGUCGUGAGACCACAAAGAUGGUCGAUUCAAAGCAUCCAGAAUACGAUCACGAGAAGCCAGAUCAAUCUGAAAUUCCACUCCAAUCCGGAACAAAUAAGUUCGCUUCCCAAAAGGGAAUGACCGGAUUCGGAACAGCUCGUCGUGAGACAACCAAGAUGGUCGACUCCAACCAUCCAGAUUAUUCUCAUGAGCAAUCGAUCGAUCAGACCACAAUUCCAUCUCAAAUGGGAUCCAAUCAAUAUGCUUCUCAAAAGGGAAUGACUGGAUUCGGACAACCACGUUGGGAAGUUCUUGAUCCAUCCAUCUCGUGGCAGAACCGUAAAUCACAGGGAAUGGUCCGUCUUCAAUCUGGUACCAACCGUUUCGCUUCUCAAGCUGGUAUGAUCGGCUUCGGAACAUGCAGAAACACGACAUUCGAAGCUGAGGGAGGAGAGCUGCCAUACGAGGCAAUGAAGGUUUCUGAGACCAUCAUUCCAAGUCAAGCUGGAUGGAAUAAGGGAGACUCACAGAAGAAGAUGACAUCAUUCGGAGCACCACGUGAUGUUAAGGGCAAGCACUUGAAGAGAAUCUGGGAACUCGAAUACCCAGAAGAGGCCGAGGUUUCUUUGGAUCGUCUCUAA